CACGCGGUGACUUCCCUUCCUUUUAUUUACAUGUAUAUUUUGGAUUUAAAAAUGCCCUGUAUAGUGAACCGGAAAUACUUCAGAGUGCAUGAUCUAGGAUACUACACGUCUAUGGGUCGAUCUGAGUCAUAGAAUUCAUGCAUUCGUCAUUGCCCUAGGUGGGGUAGAUCUAGUAGCCUUUGCUGUGAUCUGGUGACUUUAGUCAAUUUUAGAAUAGGUCUAUACACAACUCCUAGCUAGCUGCUAGCUGGUCAACGUACUCGUUCCACUAGAGGGCUGUUUGAAGCUUGUCAGAUUAAACACCCUUACGUAGGCGUAGAAAAGGAUAUAGAUUUGAGCUGGUAGUGGUAGUGGCAGUGUUUUAUUCUGUGAAUGGCUUAUCUUUAGGGUCGCCUUGCAAAGGCUACAGUGGUGCAUACCAAGAUCAAUCAAAUCCAGACACAUCGAAAGAGGAGAUGAAAUCAUUCAGCUCAUGAAGACGUAAUUCACUCACUGUGGAUGCAUUGCUUUUAUUUUAUUCUAUUGUGUUAAAUGAUAGCUAGGAAACGAGAGUCGGCCGGCACCAUGCUCAAACAGACCUCCAACUUGUCUUCUCUCCUGAUCGCCUCGCGGGUCUUCUCCUCGGCCUUGCUGUAUACUAUCAUCGCAAGCACCAACCUCGUAUCCAGACUUAUAUUCCAGCCCAAUGACACCCAGAUACUUGGCUUUUUCACAGCUAUUCUGAGUUCGCUAAUCGUUCUGGAGACGAUUCUCUUCAAGUCUUAUGACGCGUCUGAAAUCAUGAUGCGCGCUUCCGCUGGCCUUCCAUUCAGUCCUUUGACGCCAUCUUCCAUCAACCUCAUGAUGCAGAACCCUAUCAAUCUGUUUGUUUACGUGAGCUCUGUGGAGGAGUCUGUUACUGCUACUCAUAUCAAGAAAAAUUAUUCAGAUUCGGAUGUGCCUGCCACCAUAUUUCUUGUGGGAACGUGGGUUUGCACUGUGGCUUUCGGCUCCUCAGAAAAUCUCGUGCACCGCAAAAUUGGAGUUCCGUUCUUUCAUGUCGGUCUUUGGCUCGUGACGUUUCUACGAAGUAGAUAUUCAGCGAACGAGGGGAAGGACUAUGAUUUUGAGUCGUUUCCUUCUUUGGACACUUUUGGAUGGGUGGUUCUUUUAUUCAGUAUCAUUUUACCUUUAGUGAGGUUAGAGAGAGAAGAAUCUGACAACAUUCUCCCAAUCAGUGACCGACCGUUUCCUCAGCGCUUAUGGCGUAGGAUAAAUACGCCAUUUGUACAAGUACUGCUAAGAUUGGCUUCCCUUGUUGUCAUGGUAGCUGUCUCCACGUGGUGCUGGCAAACUGCCAAGCAGGAAAUAGCUUCUGUGUGUGAAACUCCAGUGCCAGAUUUUCACCUUCAG